AUGGCUCUCGACUGCAAACCUUCCAUGUCUGAUGGGAGCGACGACUUCUCCAGACCAACGAGCUCUCAAGUCAAGCCUUUGUCUACCCAUACUUCGAUAUUUGGCGACCAGAUACCAGAGGAUUGCUUGGCUUCGAGUCCUAUGAGUAUCGCGAGUACACCACUGCUUGAGAAGGAGAAGAAAGGUGCAGGAGAGGAAGAAGCUGCGAAGUCCUCACCGCAGGCUACUUUCGAGAGCAAGGGAGACCCAACAGCGCAAUCACAAUCCCAGGCACAGACUUCUCCUAUACGGUCACUUUUCAAAGAAUACGUGCACGUGGAUGUCGGUCCGUACAAAGUACGCUUCGGGGUCCACAAAGGGCUAAUCAGCAAGUAUUCGAAGUACUUCAACGCAGCAUUCAAUGGAUCCUUCAGCGAGGCAGUGAAUGGCGUCGUCGUGCUUCCCAAGGAAUCAUCUCGAAACUUUGAGAUCAUGCACACCUGGCUCUAUACUAAUGAGCUCACGCAGACAGUGGGCGGCAAGGAUGCUGCCUGCGGCCCAGAUCAGCUCGCCGAUGCCUUUAUCUUCGGCGAUAAGUAUGAUAUGCCUCUACUGCGGAAUAAGGCUAUCGACGUCAUAGCGUCCAACUAUUCAUCUCCAGUGGUCGUCGUCGGAUGUAUCGCACAUGCCUAUGCGAACACAACAGCCGGCUCUCCCUUACGCAGACUUCUCGCGGCUAUGUUUACCGCCAAACCCACACUCUGGAUCUGGGUGGCAGGUAAAGCAACAGAAACUUUCCUCGAGUGCCCAGAAUUCCUGUUUGAUGUGGCUAUGGAACUGGCGAAGUCUGGUAACAACGCUCAAACUAAGGGUAUGAACCUGAAUGAUGCUCCCUUCAAAAAGGAUCUGUGUGCAUUUCACGAACACGCCGAGGGAGAGAAGGAUUGCUCUGGGACCAUAGUGUCUCUGCCGGGAAAGCCACAUACUGGAUCCGGUGCGGUCGACAUCAGCGAGACUGCGAUUCAGGAUGGCAACCUGGAGGUUGGAAAGCCUCCAAAGCCCUCCUUUCAUCGGUGGCGCAGAUCCGGUCGUGGAGCGUCUACUGGCAGGUAG